UCUCUCCUUCGCACUGGUGGUACUGCUGAGUGUGUGUGUGAGCCAGGCAAGCCCCAGCACAGUGAAUCCAUGCUGUUAUUACCCAUGUCAGAACAAAGGGGUGUGCAUGAGGGUCGGCAGGGAAAGCUACGAAUGCGACUGCACCCGGACAGGUUACUUCGGUAUUAACUGCACUUCGCCUGAGUUUUGGACACGACUCCACGUUAUGAUAAAGCCAAGCCCGGCCUUCUAUCACUUCAUCCUGACUCACUUCAAGUGGCUUUGGAACAUCAUCAAUAAGACCUUCGUUAGGGAGACGCUGAUGAGACUGGUGCUAUCAGUCCGGGCCAAUCUGAUCCCAAGCCCCCCCACGUAUAACUCAGCGCAUGGAUAUAUCAGCUGGGAAGCCUAUUCCAACGUGAGCUAUUUCACCCGUGUCCUUCCACCUGUACCUGAGGACUGUCCGACUCCUAUGGGAACCAGCGGGAAAAAGCAGCUCCCUGACCCUCAGCAAUUUGCAGAGAGGUUUCUGCUCCGGCAGCAGUUCCUAGGGGACCCCCGUGGGACCAACCUGAUGUUUGCCUUCUUCGCACAGCACUUCACUCACCAGUUCUUCAAGACAUCUGGGAAGAUGGGGCAUGGCUUCACCAAGGCCCUGGGCCAUGGGGUGGAUCUCGGGCACGUGUAUGGGGACAAUCUGGAGCGUCAGUACCAGCUGCGGAACUUCACAGACGGGAAGCUCAAAUAUACGGUACUGCAUGGAGAGGUAUAUCCACCCACGGUCCUCGAGGCUCCGGUUCACAUGAUCUACCCUGCCGGCACCCCCAAGGAGAAGCAGCUGGCUGUGGGCCAGGAGGUGUUUGGCCUGCUGCCGGGGCUAAUGAUGUAUGCGACCAUCUGGCUUCGCGAGCACAACCGAGUCUGUGACGUGCUGAAGCAGGAGCAUCCGACGUGGGACGACGAGCAGCUCUUCCAGACAGCCCGCCUCAUCCUCAUCGGAGAGACCAUCAAGAUCGUCAUUGAGGACUACGUGCAGCAUCUCAGCGGGUACUUCCUGCAGCUGAAGUUUGACCCGGAGCUGCUGUUCGGCGUGCAGUUCCAGUACAGGAACCGGAUUGCUGUGGAGUUCAACCAGCUCUACCACUGGCACGCGCUGAUGCCGGACUCGUUCAUCAUCCAGGGGAACGAAUACAGCUACAAGCAGUUUAUUUACAACACCUCCAUGCUUCAGGACUACGGGGUGGAGGCCUUGGUGGAAUCUUUCUCCAAGCAAACGGCAGGACUGAUCAGUGGGGGACAAACCAUCAAUACCAACCUCUUGAAAGUGGCUGUUGGAGUUAUUGAGGAAUCACGGCUGCUGAGGCUGCAGCCCUUUAACGAGUACCGGAAGAGGUUUUCCAUGAAGCCCUACAAAUCCUUCCAGGAGUUAACAGGAGAAGAGGAGAAAGCAGCGGAGCUGGAAGAGCUAUAUGGAGACAUUAAUGCCUUGGAGUUUUAUCCUGGUUUGUUGCUUGAGAAACGCCAGCCAAACUCUAUUUUUGGGGAGAGCAUGGUGGAGAUUGGAGCCCCGUUUUCCCUGAAAGGGCUUUUCGGAAACCCCAUCUGCUCCCCGGAAUACUGGAAGCCCAGCACUUUUGGUGGCUCGACUGGCUUUGAGAUCGUGAAAACAGCUUCGCUCCAGAAGCUCGUGUGUCUCAACGUCAAGCGGUGUCCGUAUGCGGCAUUCCACGAGUGA